CCCCUGAGCAGCGAACCAGUCCUCUGAGCAUCAUGGCUUCCUCUCUCACCCUGGGUGUGUUCCUCCUCUCUGCCCUGGCCACCGUCCACUGCGGCACCGUCAAAGUCUGGGGCCUGAGAGGAUCGGGGCUCAGUGGAGACGCCACCAGCGCUCCUGACGUCUACGUGAAGGUGUGGUGCGGUGCGGUGUCUGGGGGCCAGACCGACAUCAUCGACAACAACCACAACCCUUCCUGGAGCAACGAGUUCACCUUCACCGACGUGAAGGCCGGCGCCAGUCUGAAGUUGGAGGUGUGGGAUAAGGACCUCAAGGUCAACGAUCACCUGGGAACCUGCUCCCACACCAUCAGCAAUGGAAGCAAUAACAGGGUGGAGUGUUCUUUGAAGAAGGGCCGCUUAACCUACUACUACAGCUUUGUGUAGGCUGGGCUGUCAAGUCAUGGGAGAGCAUAUGCAUCCUGUGUGUUUAUUGGAAUCAGGCUUUCAUGUGUGAGUUUGUGUAAGAGUCACUGUUUUGUCCUGGCUGAAUCCCAGCAUCACAUUGGCUGUGUUACUCUGUCACCCUGGGCCCUGAGCCAUACUAAAUUACCAAUAAAGAUCUCCU